GAGAAGUGGAAAAAAUGGGAUUGGGUCAUGAAUGAAAAAAACAAAAAGAAAAGAAAGAAAGAAAAACAAUAAGCGGAGAGAGAGAAGAGAGGCGGAGACCGGUGCUGCUAACCCGAACUCCAAAGAGUCAGAGACCCCCAUUUUUAUAUUUGGAAUAAUUAACUUAAGUUAAAAAAAUAAAGCGGGACUAGGGUUUUACAGAGAGGAAGUCUCUAGAGAGAAGGAAAGAGUAGGUAAUUUACUUUUAUCUCUCUCUAUAUAUAAACAUAAAAACUAUGUAGCAACCGAGAGAAAGAGAAAGAGAAAGGGGAAGAGAAAGUAAAAGAAAAAGGAAAGGAAAAAGAGACUUAUGAAUAUGAUGAUGAGGAGGCCGAGGUGUUAUUUGGAUAUAAGCAUAGGAGAAGAGCUUGAAGGAAGGAUAAUAGUGGAACUGUACAAUGAUGUAGUACCCAAAACUGCAGAGAACUUCAGGGCCCUUUGCACUGGUGAAAAGGGCAUUGGUCCUAACACUGGUGUUCCCCUUCACUAUAAGGGAGUUCGUUUUCAUCGAGUUAUUAAAGGCUUUAUGGUACAAGGUGGAGAUAUAUCUGCUGGAGAUGGUACUGGAGGAGAGUCAAUUUAUGGUUUGAAAUUUGAAGAUGAAAAUUUUGAAUUGAAACAUGAACGGAAAGGAAUGUUAUCGAUGGCAAAUGCUGGUCCUAACACAAAUGGGUCUCAGUUCUUCGUCACUACAACUCGCACUUCUCAUUUAGAUGGAAAACAUGUUGUAUUUGGCAAGGUUGUCAAAGGAAUGGGUGUUGUUCGUUCCAUUGAACAUGUAACAACUGGUGAAGCUGAUUGUCCCACUGUUGAUGUGACAAUUGCUGAUUGUGGAGAAAUCCCUGAGGGGGCAGAUGAUGGGAUAUCCAAUUUUUUCAAUGAUGGUGACAUUUAUCCUGAUUGGCCAGCUGACCUUGAUGAGAGUCCUAAUGAGCUCUCUUGGUGGAUGACUGCUGUAGAUUCUGUUAAGGCUUUUGGAAAUGAACAUUACAAGAAACUUGACUAUAAGAUGGCUCUCAGAAAGUACAGGAAGGCUCUACGCUAUUUAGAUAUCUGCUGGGAGAAAGAAGGGAUUGAUGAAGAUAAGAGUUCAAGUUUGAGAAAGACGAAAUCCCAGAUAUUCACAAAUAGCUCUGCCUGUAAACUGAAACUAGGGGAUCUGAAAGGAGCACUGUUGGACACAGAAUUUGCAAUGCGAGAUGGAGAUAACAAUGUGAAAGCCUUGUUUCGCCAAGGUCAGGCACACAUGGCACUUAAUGAUGUUGAUGCUGCUGUUGAAAGCUUCAAGAAAGCAUUGCAAUUGGAGCCAAAUGAUGGUGGAAUAAAGAAAGAGCUUGCUGUUGCUAUGAAAAAGAUCAAUGAUAGGCGCAAUGAGGAGAGAAGACGGUAUCGUAAGAUGUUCCAACCGCACUCAACUGGUGCUGAUAACCAUGAUGGUUAAGAGCUUCAAUUGUUCAGUGAGAUAGUGUCAUCUGGUUCAGGCUUUCUUGAUUAGGAUCUCUUACCUUUUGGACAAAAUAGUAGGUUUCAGUGGAAGCAGAGGAAGCAUUCCAGCAAAUUAAACUGUACAAAUCUGAGGCUUGAACCAAUUCUUAUUUCUAAUGAGAAUUUUCAUACUAGUUAUUUAGGAUGUAGGAAAUUUAGACUAAGACUGAUCAAUUCCUUAA